CCGGGGGAUGCCGCCGCCCUGACGCGCGACCGCGCCGCCGGAGGCCGAGGGACGGGGCGGCCCCGCCGGUAUUACCUAGAGGAUGGAAACACAGCCUAGGAAAUCAGCCUUCCCUCGUCUGUAUGUGGAGAACUGAAGAUUCUAUACUCUGUUGUGUUCUUUUUUGAAUACAGUUCAGGAGACACCGUCAACAUGAAUGCCACUGACAAUGGGGUCAGCAGUCUCUGUGCGAUAUGCGGAGACCGAGCAACCGGAAAACAUUACGGUGCUUCCAGUUGUGAUGGAUGCAAGGGAUUCUUUAGACGCAGUAUACGGAAAAAUCACGUGUAUACAUGCAGAUUUAACCGGCAAUGUAUUGUUGACAAGGACAAAAGGAAUCAAUGCAGAUACUGUCGUUUAAAAAAGUGUUUUCGAGCAGGAAUGAAAAAAGAAGCUGUACAAAAUGAACGGGACAGGAUAAGUACAAGAAGAAACACUUUUGAUGGCUGCAACAUCCCCUCUAUUAGCACACUGUCACAAGCUGAGACACUCUCCCGUCAGAUCUCAAUCUCCAGUCCCGGUGCUAGCACUGACAUAAAUGUUAAGAAAAUUGCUGGUAUUAGUGAUGUCUGUGAAUCUAUGAAGCAACAACUUUUGGUCCUGGUGGAAUGGGCUAAAUAUAUUCCAGGCUUCUGUGAAUUGCCACUGGAUGACCAGGUUGCCCUGCUAAGAGCACAUGCUGGGGAACACCUGUUGCUUGGGGCAGCAAAACGGUCCAUGGCGUAUAAGGACAUUUUACUUUUAGGCAACAAUUACAUAAUCCAUCGCAACAGUACCGAAGUAGAGAUCAGCCGAGUGGCAAAUCGGGUGCUAGAUGAAUUAGUCCAACCCUUCCAGGAAAUUCAAAUAGACGACAAUGAAUACGCUUGCUUGAAAGCAAUCGUGUUUUUUGAUCCAGAUGCAAAAGGCCUGAGUAAUCCAAUGAAGAUUAAGAACAUGCGGUUCCAAGUCCAAGUCAGUUUAGAGGAUUAUAUUAAUGACCGUCAGUAUGACUCCCGAGGAAGAUUUGGAGAACUUCUGCUCCUACUGCCUACACUCCAGAGCAUCACUUGGCAAAUGAUUGAGCAAAUACAACUGGUUAAACUCUUUGGAAUUGUUAAAAUUGACAGUUUGCUUCAGGAAAUGUUACUGGGAGGGACUUCUAAUGAUGCCAGUCAUCUACAUCAUCCAAUACAUCCUCACUUAGCCCAAGAUCCAUUAACGGGCCAAACUAUCCUCAUAAGUUCCAUGUCUGCUCCUGUACAUACAGAACAGAUUUCAACUCCAGAAACUCCAUUACCUUCCCCUCCUCAAGGCUCUGGGCAAGAAUAUAAAAUGUCCACAAAUCAGGCUUCAGUCAUUGCACAGCAAUCAAUUUUGAAACAAAAACCAUUGUGAUAAUAUUUCUGUCACUGCCUUGCUUGUCCUUCCUUCCUUCCUUCCUUCCUUCCUUCCUUCCUUCCUUCCUUCCUUCCUUCCUUCCUUCCUUCCUUCCUUCCUUCCUUCCUUCCUUCCUUCCUUCCUUCCUUCCUUCCUUCCUUCCUUCCUUCCUUCCUUCCUUCCUUCCUUCCUUCCUUCCUUCCUCCCUCCCUCCCUCCCUCCCUCCCUUCCUCCCUCCCUCCCUUCCUCCCUUCCUUCCUUCCUUCCUUCCUCCUCGCUCCCUCCCUCCCUCCCUCCCUCCUUCCCUCCCUCCCUUCCUCCCUUCCUUCGCACUAGAUAAAUUGGUAGGACACUUGCACAUUUGAAAGCUCAGGAUUAUAAAGGAAGUGAUUCCUCAGCAGCCACUACUGUGGGUGUUUUUUAAAACACCUCAUGAUUUGGAAAGUGAUACUCACUGUUCUGACCGCUGCAUACACCUGUAACUGUGGGACACUGCGGUCUGACAAAUAUGUAUAGAAGUUGAUAUUAUUUUUAGAACUUGUAACUGCACAGAUUACUUUUUUAUUUCCUGUUUUAGUUGUCUUAAUAUUAUUGGUUUAGAUAUGUAUAUAAUUUUUUCAUUGUGACAGAACUGGUUAGUGCUUGUUUAGCUGUGAAUUGUAGACAUUAAAAAGCAGGUUAAUCAGGCAAAAUCCAAGAUUCCAAUAAUAGUAAAACAGUAGGCUACCAACCAAAAUACACACAUUAAGUAAAAAGGAGAAAAUACUUAAUGGACAGAAAUACUCAACUCAUUAACAAAAAAGACUUGAUUCUCUUUCAAGUAAAAUUUCAAAGGAAGAAUUGAAUCCUCCCUGCUUACUUGUUUGUAUGAAUCAGAGGGCUUACCAUGGACAAAUAUGUUUGAGGACUUCUUAAAAUCUGUAUACACCGUAAUGUCUAUAUCAGUCAAUUGGACAGUGCCAAGGCAUGGGUGCUAACGUUUAUAUUGCUAAAUAUAGAUUAUAACAAGGACUCAUAUGCUUUUUGGUCAGGACUAACUAGUAUUCUCCCUAACAAUUUCUGGGCACACGUUGGGAACAGGUCCAGUUGAGGGACUUCUCACCAUGUGCUUUGGAUAUGGCCAUCUCUCAUUUGGGGCACAGAAAGUAUAAUUAGCAAUAUGGCCAGACCAUGUCACUUGACCUCAGGGCUGAAGUAUAGACUUUGUACUAUUUAAUUUACCUAGUGUAAAUGUAGUAAUUGUGUUUAUUUGUCUAACUAGCUGGUGAAAGAAUGUUUCUGGAAUCACUCCAGACUUCAACUGCAGAAAAGUUGUAGUUAUAUGAUAGCUCUGUGUCUGGAGAGUUUGCUAACUCAAGUGGCAAACGUGCCUGAGUUCAGCUCCAGAUUUUCCUGGUUUGAGCCAUGGUAUUUCAAGCUAGAAGACAGUCAGCACACCAAAUACUUAUCCUCUGGAUUUUGAAGAGUUUUCAGAAGCUUGGGGUGAAUUGAUUUACUAUGACAAGCUUCCUUCUCCUCUUCUUCCUCCUCUUCCAGUCUGGGGGAAUCCAGCAUUAACUAAGUUUUGUGUCUGGAGUCUAUAAUAACCCAUCUGGAUUUGGACCCUCUGUGGAUCUGCACAAAGGGGACCUUGUGAUACAUACUUACGUGGGCAUAUACUCACUUAUUUACAAUUUGUGAAAAUAAUCUAUUAUGAUAUAUGAAGUGAUCUGUUGUUCAUACAAUACCAAUGUCAUAAGAAAAUCACUACUUUGCACAUUUUAUUUAUUCCAGACAGCACUGAUUUUCCUUUAAUACUUGUAAAGUAAACUUUCUUCCCAGAAGAUACGUAAGAGAGAAACAGAAAAACAGAGAAUAAAAUGUUGCAGUUUGCUGAACUAUUGCAAAGAGAAAACAUAGUGGAGUCAGAAAUCCUGCAAGGUGAGAUGUUGAUCAUCCUGAACCAGACACCUGCAUAAAUCACAGCAUCCAAAAAUGGUGCAGUUAAACCUCUGGCUUUUAAAAGUUGCUCAAACUGAUAUGAUUCUUCAGAUACAUUUUUGCAGGCAGGGAAUGCAACACAGUAAAUGCUGAUCUGACCUUAACAUUCAGAAGGCUUCAGUGAGAAUAUACCUACCACCAGGUAGAUGCUGUUUCUUGCUUAUUUUAAAGUAGUUGCUUUUGUAAAGUCUGCAGAUAGUAGCUCUUAAUGUUUACCUUUUGCUUUUUAGUGUUUUUCUUUUUGCUGUUUACUGUUUAUUUUUUUAUAAAUUCAUUUGUCUUUUUACAAGUCCCUUUUAGUAUGCAUUUUUCUGACAGAAUAGAGUAUGAAAAUUUUGCCAUUAACUUUAGGGGAAUCUGUACUGUACUAUUUUUACAAGUUGGCCACCAAAGCUUUGUAGGGAAACACAAAGGUAAAACGUGCAUGAGAGAUAUUAAGCAGGCCAAAAAUUGACUUGUCAUAGAAAGAGUGUUGGGCUCAAGUUGGAUCUGCAUGACUUUACCAGGCCAGGUUAAUUAAGUCAGUUGCAUAAACAUGGCAGUAUUGGUCUGACCAAAAACAUUUAACUGGAAAUAAAAAGUAGUCCCCAAGUUGGCCGUUCUUGCUUAAUAUAAGCAAUAUGAAUAAAUAGCUUAUUAGGUUUAGUUUUAACACUGUACUUUAGAUAUAAAGUGUACAAUAAAAUGUUUUCAAACACUGCCAAAAUGUACUGAAUGAAAAUAUGCUUUAGUAUUUUAUCUGACAAAAAGUUAUCUAUUUUGUACGAUAUAUUACAUUUUUGGAUAAUAACACCAUUGUAAUUUAUUGGGAAAAACUGAUUUAUUUUAUAAAUGUAACCUUAUUUUUGUAAACUUAAUUAUGAAAAAUCAGAAGUGAUUAGCUUUGUUAAAUAUUAAAUUAUAAUGAGUUGUAACUAUAUGUUUGAGCUCUGAUACCAAGUUUUUAUGUUGAGCAUUUGGAAUUGAAAUGGUUGUUGGAAAUAUUUCAAAUAGACUGUUUUUCAUCAAAGCUGAAUAAAGAAAUAUGAA